GGCGUUGUCUUCGCGUCUGGUCACACUGCUGGCAUAAGUUUUUUUUCGCACAACUCAGAAUUGUCGUGAAAAUCCACGUUUUGGCCCAAAAUGACCACAAUUGCGGAUUUAUUCACAAAGUAUAAUUGCACAAAUUGCCAGGAUGAUAUUCAAGGCAUUCGAGUGCACUGCGCGGAGUGCGAAAACUUCGAUUUAUGUUUGCAAUGCUUUGCCGCAGGUGCGGAAAUCGGUGCCCAUCAAAAUAACCAUGCCUACCAGUUCAUGGACACGGGUACCUCCAUAUUGAGUGUAUUUCGUGGAAAGGGGGCGUGGACGGCACGAGAGGAGAUCCGCCUGUUGGAUGCAAUCGAGCAGUACGGCUUCGGAAACUGGGAGGACAUUAGCAAGCACAUUGAGACGAAGUCGGCGGAGGACGCCAAGGAGGAGUAUGUGAAUAAGUUCGUGAAUGGCACGAUUGGAAGGGCCACUUGGACGCCGGCCCAGAGCCAGAGACCCCGCCUUAUAGAUCACACAGGAGACGACGACGCUGGUCCUCUGGGCACCAAUGCACUCUCCACCUUGCCUCCAUUGGAAAUCAACUCCGAUGAGGCCAUGCAGCUGGGCUACAUGCCCAACAGGGACAGCUUCGAGCGGGAGUACGACCCCACGGCAGAGCAACUGAUCUCCAACAUCUCUUUAAGCUCUGAGGAUACGGAGGUGGAUGUGAUGCUUAAGCUGGCCCACGUGGACAUCUACACCCGCCGACUUAGAGAGCGGGCUCGCAGAAAACGGAUGGUCAGGGACUAUCAGUUGGUAUCAAAUUUCUUCCGCAACAGAAAUUACGCUCUGCAACAAGGUCUCACAAAAGAGCAGCGCGAGUUCCGUGACAGAUUUCGGGUCUACGCCCAGUUCUACACUUGUAACGAGUAUGAACGGCUGUUGGGAUCACUGGAGCGAGAAAAGGAACUACGCAUUCGACAGUCAGAGCUAUACCGAUACCGGUACAAUGGCCUGACCAAAAUUGCGGAAUGCACCCACUUUGAGCAGCAUGCCGCAACAGCGACGCACCGCUCUGCAGUACCUUAUGGCCACGGGAAGACCGACCACACGCAACCAUCCAAUGGAAGUCAUCGGCCGCCAAGCUCUUCCUUGCACUCCCCACAACCGAAUCUCAGAAAGGUCGAAAUGUCAAGCGGCGCCGAGGUAAGUUCAAAUUCAAUCGCACCAAGAAACACGCUCCACAUCGCCGACCCGACCUGCUCCGGCGCAUUAUUGCCCAGCAAAAACUACUUGGAUAGCUGUCGGGGAUCGUCGGCAGCUACGAUGCUGCAGACGACGGGAAUGGGGGCAACAGUGGACUCGGGAGCGACGACGGGAGUGACUUCCACGGCUACGACGAUGGCGAAUCUGCCCACGAACUCGGCGAAGGGAAGCCAACAACAUCUGCAGCCGCUUCAGCAGCAUUCUCAGCUCCUGCAAAGCGGAAACCAGCACAAAAUGCAAAACGAGGCUGCCGGCGCAGGCAGUGAGCAGGUGCCCAGCAUGAGCCUAAAAUUGCGCACCCAGCUGGAGGAACUGAAGCACCUGCCCCAGCCGCUGGGCAGUGAACUGCUCAGUCACAACGAGCUGGAUCUGUGCAAGAAGCAUAAUAUUACGCCCACCACCUACCUCUCGGUUAAGACUGUCUGCUUGAGCGGAGCACCAUCGCUGGGCAGUCCCAUGGAGACUUCGCUGCGCAAGUUCUUCAUCAAGUGCGGCUGGCUGAGCCACUGAACACCAUUCAACUUCCCGCGCCCCCUUGAUUAAGAGCUAAAUGCAUUUAUAAGGACUUCACUUUAUUUUAUUGGUUAGAAUAGGUUAAAGACAUUUUUAUACUGUUCAACUUUCGUUGCCAUUUUCAUCGUGGUUAAAACUACAAAACUGAAAAUCCAUUUACUUGUAUCAAGUCAAGCUCAAUUACAUAAAGUUUGGUUCCUUUGAGUGAGAUGUCGGGAUUCAGAUAUUCUGUAUUAACUAAGCUUAAGUAGGUGACCCAACCAAUUGAAUAUGUAUGAUAUGACGUGUAAAUGAAGUAAUAAAUGUAAUAGUGAAUGUGAAA